AUGCAUGAAAGAAGCGGACAGCUCCAGUGCUGCUGUCUAAGCCGGUCAGAAAGGCAGCCUAGGUUGGAGCCCGGGGAAGCUGGUUUAUUGCUAAUAACUGGUUAAUUAUCCGCUGCUGCAGCACUUCUUCCGCAAGGCAGAGAUAGGCCAUGAGACACGAAGCACCCAUGCAGAUGGCUUCUGUACAAGACUCUCGAUAUGGACAGAAAGAUACUUCCGAUCAGAACUUUGAUUACAUGUUCAAGUUGCUUAUCAUUGGCAACAGCAGUGUUGGAAAGACGUCCUUCUUGUUUCGAUAUGCCGAUGACUCCUUUACAUCUGCAUUUGUAAGCACGGUUGGGAUAGAUUUCAAGGUUAAAACUGUCUUCAAAAAUGAAAAAAGGAUCAAGUUGCAAAUAUGGGAUACGGCUGGACAGGAGAGAUAUCGCACGAUUACAACAGCAUAUUACCGUGGGGCAAUGGGUUUUAUUCUAAUGUAUGACAUUAGCAAUGAAGAUUCCUUCAAUGCAGUGCAAGACUGGUCAACCCAAAUCAAAACGUACUCAUGGGAUAAUGCCCAAGUUAUACUAGUUGGUAACAAAUGUGAUAUGGAGGAUGAAAGAGUAAUCUCGACGGAGAGAGGGAAGCACCUUGCAGAGCAACUUGGUUUUGAAUUUUUUGAAGCAAGUGCUAAGGAUAACCUCAAUGUCAAGCAGACGUUUGAGAGGCUGGUGGAUAUUAUCUGUGACAAAAUGUCGGAAAACCUGGAAACGGACCCGACCGUCACCACCGCAAAACAGACCACAAGACUGACAGACAAACCACCACCACAACAGCCGAACUGCGGAUGUUAAUAACUUUAGCCAGGCAUCUUCAGUGUGUUCUCUUGCCAACAAGUAUUUAAAAAAAAAACAAAAAAAAAAACGGUUCAUUUGCUUUUUCUUUUUUUUUUUCUUUUUCAUUUCUCCUCUCUAAAUAUAUAUUUCACGAGGUUAAACAGAAAGAAAUAGCUCUUCUUUUGUAUAGUAAGCUGAUGACGGCCUGGAGGCUAAGACAUCAUAAUAAAUGUUCCUGCUGUUUGCAAGUUAAACUGGCUGUGUACGCUCUAAUAAUUAGAAUGAUCUCUCGUAACCUUGGUGUUCACUUUGCAUAACAUGGGCCAGUUAAUAGCCACAAAAUGUUCAAAGAAUUAUUUUUUCCCUGUGUGGUUAUUUUUAUCGAUCUCCCCUGGGUCUUUAUUCCUUUAUGGAAUGACUCAUUGGAUUUAUUAUAUUUUAUCCCUUUAGGUUAUUUAUUAAGCCAAUGUAAUUACCUCGAUCUGGACAUUUACACAAAGUUGAUGUCUAAAUAUCACCCAUGAUGUUUAUUGUUAUAUUCAUGACUUUCACUAUCCAGGCAAGCUUAUUAAGGGCUUUAACCUUAUGUUAUUAUUUAUAUUUAUGUUAGCAUUAUGACUGCUCAGGCAUUCUUAUUUAUGCCCAUGAGUGGAGCAGGAAAACCCGUUCCAUGAUGCAAAAUAAUAAAAAAAAUAAAAGCCUUAGGUGUUUUUUCAAAGUACCCUACGAGAGGCUCGAAGACUUUAAGAACAGCCGAAAGCUGUAACUGAAGAAUGCCCAGUAAAUACAUACAUCAUUAUGAAGGAUUAUGUCAUUGGCGUUAUAUGAAUGGUGCAAUGACCUAAUUUAAACAAGGUGUUUCAUUUCCACUAAUUGGCAAGCUCAUUUAAAUGCCGUACUAAUUGGGAUUAAGAGGAGAAAUAGUCAUUUGCAAUAUAUUUGCAUGCACUGCAGAUCUCUUUCACAGUUAAACUUCUGACUCAAUGUGACUACAAGCGUACAUAGGAUGAAUCAUAUAAAAAGCAGCAAAAAAUAUGUUGUCUGGUAAUGUCUCUGUGUACCUAUUAGUCAGCAAAACUAGACUUCAUAUAUUGCAGUGACAGGGGAUUGAAGUACUAAAUGGGGCGGUAUAGGUAACUUGCAAAAAGUAAGCCCAAUUUCAAACACUCCAAUGUUGGGAAGUAUGCAAAACAUAUCAUUGAAAUCUGACGCAGGUUCAUUUUAAGGAAGGCUAUAUUUAUAUUUAUUCAUCGAAAGGGGCACAAAGUACUAUAACCACUUAAUCACAUUGAAGUGGUAGUAGUGCCUGGAGCCCUCUGUUGCCGACCGUCAUUCCAUUCCAUAUUAAAUAUUUGUUGAAUGGUUUAACAGUAAAUGAAGAUCCCCAGGCAUCCACAGCCUUGUUCCUCUGUGGUGCCCUUUUAGGUCAUACUGUAGUUGGUGGCAUUGAAAUGCUAGUAUGAAUUGAUAUGGCUAAUAUGAAGUGUAAUCCCCAGUAGGGCCUUGAUCAUUAAAUCAUUAAAUCAUUCCAAAAUGGAGGGAUAGCACCAGGAGACUCCAGGCUCUAUAACCACUUUAAUGAGAUCUAAAGUGUUCAUUUAAAACAAUGAAUUACUAAUUAUUAUUUCAGAGCUCCCACCCUAACAUGUCAUGACUAUGGCUUAUGACAGUGAAGUGCUUAUAUCCAAUAGACUAAUGAUAGGUCAUCUUCAUUGCACUCCAAUUGCUGUAGACUAAGUUUCUUGUGACACAAAAUAUCAAUCAUUGAAUACAUAGAACUUUUAAUGCAUGAGGUUAUGAGACAGCUCAUUUAGUUAAUGUGCCAACUGGAGAACUUGUGGGAAUGUGGGUUCUUGUUCAUGUAAGCUCAACUUUCAAACUUCCUGAGGAUGCCUUUGUUUUAUACAGGAAAGCUGGAUGUUAUAAGACAGAGAUUCCUGGCAGAGACAUUAGAUAAGCCCUAACAGGUACCCAUAUCCUGCAUCAAACUCUAUAUGUAUACCCUGCUGGUGUGAGUGAUGGUAAGAUUGGUGGAUUGGGUAACUUUAAAUUCCCAACAAUUCACACUUUAGUGUAUAAACAUAUCACUAAUAAACUUGUAAAAUAUAUAUUAUUGUACUAUGGGGGGUUUUAAUCUAAUAGUUUGAGUUUACUUGAGGGUUUUUUCUUUGCUUGUCUUUGAAGUGUAGAUCAUACUACCUAGGUAAUUCACUGGAGUGCAUUAAAAUAGACAGCUCAUCCUUGGGUUACCAUGCCAGGCUUACUGGCCACCAUUCUUCCCAGCCAUACUAAGGGCAGCAAAUGCACUGCUGCUGCAUUUUAGGGGGACUUGGUCUCCAUUGUCCCCAGAUCCAGUACACCAGAAAACAAUGCGUAGGCCGUAGGACAGGACCAGAAUUCAGGACUGCCCUGCAGUUGUCAGGUAUGCAUUGGUAGAAUAUGUGAGCUAUGCUAGAAUGCAUUCUGGAAUCUGCUAAUCACAUCACAUUCAGAUAAGUGAUAACUCCAAGCUAUUGUGUGCAAUUACUAGGCUCCUGACUGAGUAAAGAAUGUGAGGGGAUGAUGUAAAUUGUAGUUAAAAUAUAAUUUAACAGAACAGGUAGUCAGGAGCAUAUUCUGGUAAACUAAAAUCUAAAGGGAAUCUGUAGGUAUGGUAUGAAAACUCCAGUUUGUUUUGUAUAAAGGCAUUAAAUCCACCUAUUUGUCUAAUUAUGCCAGCUAUUAAUGCCUUCUGCUGAUGUAUAAUGGCUAUUUAUACAAUCUGUUGUAUUCAGUCUAUUAAUUGCAUCUGUUGAUUUAUUCCAGCUGGAAGUGAAUUUGAUGUUAUUAUUUUCAAGGCUUAAUGCUUUGCCAGAAAUGUAUUCUAUGCUGGCCCGCAAUACUGCCAAGACAUCCCUGAACACUGAGAAUACACUCUAUUCCUAGUCCUGUAGUUAUCGACAUUAUCUUUCAAAUAGCUCCCAGUUUUUGAAACCUAAUUUGUAUAAGUUUAAUUAAUUGUGAAUAUUAAUUGAACACUUUGUGUCCUGUAAUGAGCCCCUUCCCUUGCAGUAUCCAAUAUUGUUCUGGUUACUGGUGAGCAAGCUCAUAAGGGUCAUUCCAUUGUAUAAUAUGCAUCUGGUUGUAAGAUGGAUAAACCUUUUUAAAAGCAAAAAUAAGGAAAGAAACAUUUUUCCUGCCCCCCUUUUUAUGAUUAUUUUUACAUUCUUGUGCAGAGAUCUGAUGGGUUCUCGGUGACCAAGCCAAAUGGUUCUCUCUUAUUACAUCUUCAGCAAGUAUAAUUUUAGACUUUUACUUUGACUGUCACAGAGAAGCUGCUCUCAGCUGCAGCAAUGAAAGGAUUAAUGGUACAGAUGUAGCUCGCUUAGCGAGACAUUACACACAGUCUCAAUAGGCAUAGUAUUUCUGCCUGUAUAAGGGUUUAUCUUCGGAGCCUGUGAAACUGCAAGAUCAUUUAGGGAAUUCCAAAUGGUGCUGUGGUUUCUAUGGGUUCCUAUGCAGUGCUCACACUCUGUAUGAAAUCCUUUACUAAUUGGCAUCGCAGCAAAGUUAGUAAGUAGCAGUUUUGGUGUAACUUCACUGUGACACCUACAUUUUUAUUUUUAUUUUUUUCCAUGGACUGAUUCUGCUUGGUUGUGUAUAUUCUAAGUGUAUGGCGGCACUGUGAUGUGAGCACAUUAGAGGAAGGUCAGUGGCCCUUGCUCACUAACUUUCCACUGAUAUAAAGAGAGGCUGGAGGAAGAGAUAGGACUGAUAUUAUAACUAAAGGAAUAUAGUUAUUGCAAGUGUUCAGUCAGUGUAUGAUAUAUUAAUUCAUGUUACAGGGUAUCCCAAGAGAAAAGGCAACUACUACUCACUUUUAAAUCUCAACAAAUAAACUUUGGUAAUGCCCCACCUUGGCCACGUUGAUGAUGGAUACACAUAGAUGUGCAAUUCACACAUCCACAUUAUCAAUGUUCAAUUUUAUCAAGCCAAGGCAAAUCACUAACUCGCACCCAGCACUCUCAGCCAGGCAGUGUCAUCCAGAUCAUAUUAUAAUGGAAAUAUUAAUUCUGUAUUAUCAAUGAAAAUAUGAAGAAGGUAUGUGGGUGAUAAGAGGUUGGAGCAAUUCGCAGAGGUUCUCAAAGACCAACAAUGAGACCGCAUUUCAGAACAUGGCUCCCCUCAAGCCAAGUUGCCUGAUUACGACCAUAUAUAUAUAUAUAUAUAUAUAUAUAUAUAAUUUGGUAGCAAACUAAUUCAUGUGUUUUACAGUUUCCUAUAGCCUAAUUUUAUCGUAGAUUCCUGACAAUAUUGUCACCCCCACAGAAUCGGUCUUCUUGUCCUUUCAAUCUCUGACAUUCCCAUUGACAUUUAUGUUUGCAUUCUUGUUCCUGUUCUCUCUGCACCAGCUCGUAUUGUUUGUUUAAGGUCAGAGGAACAUAAAUUAACACAUGAGUGUGUGUUCUGGUUUAUUUUCAUCUAUUUGUAGCAUUAUGAGACAGUUAUAUUUUGGAGAUUAUAUAUAUGUAAAAGAUCUGUAUUUUCAUCAAAAGCAAAUCGUAUUAUACUUCAAAAAAAAUGCAAUAUAUAUACCAUGCUUACAAUCCAGCCUUUGUAAGAAUGUAAUCACAAAUUUACAAAGGCUGGCAGGAAUAUUUUGUAUGUUAUAGGCAUUAAUUAUUGGGGUUUUUUUUUUUUUAGAUAAUCCGCAAUUUGCAUGGUCAAAAUGUAUUAUAGGUAGUGGUAUCUGGAAUGUUUAUAUUUACCAAACAAUGGUUUGCAUUGUGUACAUGCAGGGCCGGUGCAAGGAUUUUUGACACCCUAGGCAAAACUGUACUGUGUCGCCCCCUUCCACAAUUAAAAAGACACACGAAGCACCAUCAUAAUAAACGUAUAACAUUUGCACAGGUUAGGGCGCAAGUAGGUCCCAUCAUGGUCUACCUAAGCUUAGAUGCUGAAGCAAUAUGCAUAAAAUCACUUUAAUAUUCACCUUACCUAUUUCAAUAGUGUCUUGCAAUCAACAUAAAACAAAUCCUCACUUCCUUUGAUAGCCUUUGUCAAAGGUUUUAAUUUGUGCAAAUUGUGUAGCUGCAAAAUACAAACUGCAAGUAGAGAGUUCAUAGCACAUACAUAAUAAGUACAGCACAUACCGGUAUAUGCACAGUGCAAAUGAAGAAUUCAACAAACAUUCACACAGCAGCAAGUGAAGAUAGCAAAGACACACAUCCACACAGUAGGAAAGUGGCAACAGACAAAUCUAUACACAGCAGACAAGGGGUUAACAAACACAGUACAGGUAACUAGUCAAAAUAAUCAUAAUCACCCCACAGGCAAGUGAUUUAGACACAUACACAUAGAUCAUAAAGAAUCGGUAAUACACCUAUAAAUAUACACAUCAAACAAUAGGGUCGAAGCACACAUGUAUACAGCAGGUAAAUGUGGCUGAGAAAGGGCAGGGCACUGGAACUUCACUGACAGCAGACUUUGGUGAGAUAGAUCGUCUCUUCCUACACACAGACUUAAAUGGCGACCCCCCAGAGUGCCUGUCUUGCCUAAUGGAAGCGCCGGCCCUGGGUACAUGUUCAACUUAUUUUAUUAUUUUUUUAUAGAGACACAGUGUUCGACCAAGGGUGCACAUGCGGCAAGCUAAAGCUGAUUGAGAAGCAUUGACUCUAGUGCUUCGCUAUCAGUAGUGAAUGCUACACUGUAACAGCUCAUCUCGCUGGUAAAGCCUGCCUCCUAGUCCUGGAGUUGCCAUGCAGUGGAAGGAGGGAGGGCUACACAAAGGUAGUGGGAAAAUGUUUAAUACAACAACUGAAUUGGACUAUGUUUCCAGCGCUGUGUGGGAGUGAAGAAACUCCCUAUAUCCGUCACCUGUACAGAACUGACAGAACUGAUAGUAUACAGUAUAGGGCAGUGUUUAAGGCUGAAAUGUUGCACAUACAGACUGCUUGCACUAUGACCACUUCAGAAAAGCAGGAGUGGUCAUGGUGGUAGAAGAAUCCAUUUAAAGACAUCUUGCAAAAUUUACACCAAAAUUGCAAAGUUUAAAAAAAGAAAACAACACACAAUUCUAAUAAAAUAUAGAUUUUUUGAACUUCGAAAUGUUGUUCUAAAAGUUUGUAAUUGUGUUCAUCAAAACUCACUUUUUAGUGAAAACACUAA